AACCGUUACUCGACCGAGAAAAACCGACACUCUCACUCGGAUUCACGGUUCUUUUAUUCUCCCGUUUUCUUCACUCGUUUUCACAGUAGUUACUCCAUCCACACAGUCCUCUACACGGGAUUGAAAUGUUACAUUUUCGGUCAACGGCAGCGCUCAAGGAGUUAUUUCAAACCCAACUGAAGCGUCCGUUGACAGGUAGAGUCGGCGUGAAAGCGGCACCUGCAACCGCCGCCUGCUUCAGCGCCGCCACUUCGAAUGGGAGGUCGCCGGGCAGAGGGAAGGCAUUUGCCGGGUGGAGAGCCCCGCAGCACUUCACCAGAAAGCACGGCGUGAGAGGCUUUUGCUCCAAGGGCGACGGACACAAUGAAGCCGCCAAGGACUCUUCAGCGGAGAAGAGAAGGAAGGCAGGCAUCCUGCCCAGUCUGGAGGACCUGCUCUUCUACACCAUCGCGGAGGGCCAAGAGAAAAUCCCUGCACACAAAUUCACCACAGCACUUAAAGCCACGGGGCUUCGCACAGGAGAUCCCCGGCUGAAAGAAUGUAUGGAGAUGCUGAAGGUGACCUUGAAGACGACCUCUGACGGAGCGCUGGACAGACACCUCUUCAAAAAAUGUGUCCAGAGCAACAUUGUUCUGCUCACCCAGGCCUUCCGGAAGAAGUUCGUCAUCCCAGACUUCCAGUCCUUUUGCGCCCACAUCGAUGACCUCUAUGAAAAUGCCAAAAACCUGUCUGGAGGGCAGGUGGCAGACUACAUUCCCCAGCUGGCCCGCUUCAGUCCAGACCUGUGGGCCGUCGCCCUGUGCACCGUCGACGGACAGAGGCACACUGUCGGCGACACCAAGGUUCCUUUCUGUCUGCAGUCUUGCGUCAAGCCGCUGAAAUACGCCAUCGCUGUUCACGACCACGGCACCGAGUAUGUUCACCGCUUUAUCGGCAAAGAGCCCAGCGGUCUGCGAUUCAACAAGCUCUUCCUGAACGAGGACGAUAAACCACACAACCCCAUGGUUAAUGCUGGUGCUAUCGUCUGUACCUCCCUCAUUAAGCAAGGGGCAAGCAACGCCGAAAAAUUUGAUUAUGUCAUGAACUUUAUGAACAAACUGGCAGGAAACGAGUACGUGGGCUUCAGCAACGCCACUUUCCAGUCGGAGCGCGAGUCUGGAGACAGGAACUUUGCCAUCGGCUACUACCUGAAGGAGAAGAAGUGUUUUCCAGAGGGGACGGACAUGACCUCCAUCCUGGACUUCUACUUUCAGUUGUGCUCCAUCGAGGUGACCUGCGAGAGCGCCAGCGUCAUGGCGGCGACUCUGGCCAACGGCGGCUUCUGUCCGAUCACGGGAGAGCGAGUGCUGAGCCCCGAAGCGGUGCGAAACACUCUGAGUCUGAUGCAUUCCUGCGGCAUGUACGACUUCUCCGGGCAGUUCGCUUUCCACGUGGGUCUCCCGGCCAAAUCUGGUGUCGCUGGCGGGAUUCUGCUGGUCGUACCAAAUGUGAUGGGCAUCAUGUGUUGGUCUCCUCCUCUCGACAAGCUGGGCAACAGUGUCAGAGGCAUCCAGUUCUGCACGGACCUGGUUUCUCUCUUUAACUUUCACAACUAUGACAAUCUGAGGCACUUUGCUAAGAAGCUGGAUCCUCGAAGAGAAGGAGGAGACCAGAGGGUGAAGUCAGUGAUCAACCUGCUGUUCGCCGCUUACACUGGAGACGUCUCAGCCCUGAGGAGGUUUGCUUUGUCCUCUAUGGACAUGGAGCAGAGGGACUAUGACUCCAGGACGGCCCUGCAUGUGGCAGCUGCUGAAGGACACACUGAGGUGGUUCGCUUCCUGCUGGAGGCCUGUAAAGUCAACCCGGUCCCCAGAGACAGGUGGGGGAACACGCCGAUGGACGAGGCCGUCCACUUCGGCCACCACGACGUGGUGACCAUCCUCCGCGAUUACCACAACCAGUACAGCCCUCAGGACAACGCUGCCGACAAGCAGAACGCAGAGAAGAACCUGGACGGCCUGCUCUGAUGGGAAAACCGGAGGUGGCCGGUAUGCUCUGAGGGGAGAAGGAAAUCACUUUGCACUUGGGAAAAGCAUCUUAAAUCUAGAUGAGAAAGUAAAAACAACCACACGUAGAAAACAGUUAGGAACAUUAAAACAUACUGUACAGUGAAAAACUACUUAGAUGAGAAGAAGAAAUUUAAAGCCCCCUUAAACACAGGGCAGCCGCUGUCCCUCCAGUGGAAAAGCUCCUCAUCAUGUUGUUAGUGGAUGUUAUUGGUUUUUGUAUUAUAUCCAUGUCUGUACCAUGAGUGGGGAAAUAUUUUAAUUUCUAUUUCUAUUUCGCGUUACGUUUCAUUGUCGUCAGCUUUGUAGGAAAUGACCGGACACCGGGUGAAUGCUGGGUAAAUUCAGCUGUGGCUGGUUAAGUUGAUUGACUCUGUUGUUUUUAUUCUGUAAAUCUGAAACAGGAAGCAGCAGGUGUUACAGGUGCCCUCACUUCAUCAUCACAACAUGGUGGAAUGUAUCUUCCCCCAGACACUUUGUGUGUGAUAGUUAUUUAUCUAUUUAAGAUCAAUUGUACAUUUAUGUCGUGGGUGUGUGUAAGUAAAUACGUACGGACACGUGCAGAGCUGUUCUACAGUUGAUCAGGUCUGACUGAACAAACAAAACAAGUUCUGGUCUGGUGGAUUCAGCUUCAGUCACGAGGUGACACGUGACAUUUAGAUUCAUAUUUUCAUAUUUUUUGACUCUUCGGCUAAAGUUCAGGUUGACUUCAAAGUUUCUACAUAUCCGAUACGACACUGCUGAGAUCCACCAACAACAGAAGAAGCUUGCUCUGUGUUUUUAUUUUUAUUUAUUUAUUUUUUUUUAUUUAAUUAGCAAUUUCAGCCAACAAUGGAGAAAAAUUUUUAAAUAAAGUCCUGGUAGGUAAAGCGUGGGGACUACAACACAGGCGGCGUCUCAGACAUGUUUUUGGUCAAAUAUUGAACCAGUUCAUUUCAUUUCACCGUUUUAGUACAGACAUGCGACGCGAUAACUCUGAUGAGGCAGAUGAAUUUUUAUGGUUUGUAUGUAAACGCAUGUUCCUGCGUAAGAUUCAGGAAGGUCCAGUCUGUUUCCACAGCAGACUCGGUAGAUUUUAAACACUUAAAACUGAAGGAGAUUUACGAUGCAGAUUGUUUGAUUUUAUUUUUUUUGUCUUGUCGUCAUACAUGAGAUUGUGCAGAGGUUUUGAGUGUUAGAAGUUUGGAUGUUGCUUCUGUACAAACAAACUGAACCAUGUGACGUAAACAAUCCAAAUGUUGUGGAAAUUUAGAGGCGUGGAAAACGUUUUUUCCUCAGGUCAGGAUCAGUUCAUUUAAAGUUUUAAAAAAUAAAAAUAAAAAAGCACAAAACUGCAAUAUUAUAGAAAAAGUCAGUAAUAGACAUGUCAGAUAAAAUCAGGAGGAGGGAUUUGAUUCCUUUUGAUAUGAACGGAUCCCGACCUGAAGCUCCACUCACUCAUUUGUUUGUGUCUGUGCAGCUGCGACUGAAGUCUCUGAAUGUAACGUGUUUGGUGUCGUUCUGUUUCUUCUUGUAUAUUUAUGCUUCUUCGGCUCAUGUCGGUCGGUCGCAGGCAGUCCAGAUAUUUAUUCACAGAAAAAAAGAUUUAAUAAAAGUGAGAAAUCAUUUGGAUGUCUGAAUUUUUUGGGGGUAUUUGUAGCUGUCAAAGGAUUUUAUUUCUGUAAUUUGUGGGAGUAUUGUGAAGUUUUAAUAAACGCUUUGUUUGUUUUAGCCAAACAAAACAUGUAAAGACUGAAAAAUGCUGCAAUAAGAGAAGGUUGUAGGUUCAAAUCCGUUGGUUUCAAGCCUGCAAAAAUUCAGUGGGAAGACUAUAAAUAAAUCCUCUGAGGACGUGGGUUUGAGCCUUAUGAGGCUCAGUAGAUUUUUGAAGUCCAACACCCAAAGCAAACAGUCAAAGGCUCGACGAAAAUACCAGUCAAGCGUCCGGCCAAACGGUUCAGGGUGUUAAAGGACUGACUGGGGGUUCUGAGGACGUGGGUUCGAUCCUCGGCCAAUUUUUCAAGUCCAACACCCAAAUGAAAUACAUAAGGACUCUAUGACA